AUGACAAAUAAUUAUAGUGGGGAGACGACUUAUAAGAUGCCAGCUAAUUUAGGUCUAGAGAAGUAUCAGCUUGUUCUUCUGAUCGUGGGGUCCACUGUUUGUGUGGUAGCUACAUGGCUGAUAGUGGACUUCUGUUUAUAUCACCGUGAAAGAAAAGCAAGAAGAGAUAAAAACAAGAAAGACACUUGGCAUCAACACCAAACUAAAACACGCCUGCUAAUUCCUUUUACUAAGAAAUCAACACUGAGCACAUCUUCCAUUCCUGCAGCUGAACCUCAAACUAAUGGUCAAACAAGUUUCCAGAAGUUUCUUAGUUUCUUCAACAUUAAAAAGAAUGAAGAAAACCAGAAUAACGCAAAACAAUUAGAGAAAAGAUCGCAAAGCUUUAACGACGCUAAUCUAAAAGAGAAAAAAUUUAUUUCGCCGAAGAGCCGACGCUUUACCGAAAUGUUUUCCAAUAAAGUUUCUAAUCUGAACAUUGAAUCCGAUUCCAAAACAACGACAAAAAAGGAAGAAAAUAGGAAAAUACCAAAAGAUACAGAAUGGAAGCAAGGUUCGCCUGACAGAGAAAAUCUUCAAAGUGCUGAUAGUGGGCAUUUUUCUGAAGGUAGAAGAGGAGGCGAAACAAAAUGGAAGACUGAAUUUUCUGAAACAGAUGAAGCGGUGAAAGAUGACAUUGGGUUUAGUGAUGUUGAAGAAGUGGGCAUAUCAAGAUCAAAGAAGAAAUCAAAAAAGAAGAAAGAGGGGAACUCCAAAAAGACAUUUUCUCUUUUACAUCACAGAUACAUUUAA